AUGGACGCCGAAAACUCCUCGAACACGAACGGUCCGGCUAGCGGCACCAAAUGUUGGCUCCACUCUACUCAAGACGGCCUUGUUAAGCAGAUCAGCUUGUUACAGAAAAGAAAGGGCGAUUUCGAUGUGGUCGUUAUCAAUAUCAAGGAAGGAGUAGAGAAGUUGAAUAAAAUGGAGCCUGGAGACGAGAUGUGUCAACGUCUCGAAAAAUUGGCUGAAAUGGCAAAAAGAUAUAUUAGCAUGCUAGCCGCUGCUGCUCCAUUUCUGAUGUGCGACUGCAAUAACAGUCAAGACAAAGCUGUGGCAAGACUUUACUUCGGUCAACGAAGUGAAUUAAACCAGAUAGUCAACGAUGCCUACGACGCCUUCUUGCUCCGUUUGAGAAAGAUGGAUGACAUUCCAGAUCCAUCUAUGGAAAUAGAGCUUCAUCAUAGCGAUGAUGAUCGCGAGAGCUUUUCGACUUGUACGGAUCUGUUUAGGGGAUUGGUAUAUGAGGUUACCGGAAUCUCCCCUGCUAGCUAA